AUGGGGCACGGUCGCGAAUGCGAGUCAUGGCAAGAGGCUACGUCGCGGACGGCAAAUGCAAAGGUGAACAGAAGGAGUGCAGGUUGGCAGGUUGCAUGGGCCCUGAAGCCGCGGCAUCACGCCAUGAGUCUGCAGUGGGCGAGGCAGUUCUCAAAGCAGUGCGCGAGGCAGGCGGCGACGAACUCGCGCUCCGAGGAUAUCCCAGAGAUGGACCUCGGGCUCCAGGUCGCGGAAAGGGCAUCAGUGCUGCGCGCCGGUUUCGAGGGCGCCAUCGAUGCUUUUACCGAGUCGAUGGAGCAGCGAGUCCAGGCCAGCCAGUGGCAUGGUGGAGUCUGUGCACUCGCCCAAGGUAUGCCUGGUUUUGCGCGAUUGGUGGCUGUCGAGCAUGUUAAGUCGCGCAGAUCUGGCGAGGAGUACGCUGGCCUGGGCGCCAACGUCGAGGCUGACCACUUCGCGGGUAUGAGCGCCCGAAGGCGCGACGAG